ACUCUGUCACCAGCCCCAUUCCCUUCCCUCCCCUUCCCAAGAAAGUCAUUCAGUAGGAAGUAGCCAACAAGUCCCGCUGCUGAACCAAAGGACUCCUCACCUGAAAAUGGCGUUCAGAAGCUCCAGCUGUCCUCCUCACCCAGCUUCUUCCCCCAUGUCCAGCGUCGGCCCAAGAUUCGGCGCAAGGAAGCCAGCGGCAGGCUUGAGCUUCAGAACCUCUGCAGCCCAUGACUGCAACCCAUCAUCAUCACGCCUGUCCUUCGCUGCAGAAACCAGCAACAAGGUGUUCGAGGACCAGGUGAGAGGGAUCGUGUGCUACAGGGAUGACAAGGGGGAGCUCGUCUGCGAGGGUUACGAUGAAGGCCCGAGGCUCGGAAUGCGGCUGCCGGAGAAGGCAUGCUUCCCAUGGCCUGUGGGGGUUCAGGUCACCGAUUUCAUCCACCUCGCGACGCUCCGGGUGUUUGAAGACGGCGCCGACGAUGACGUUCUUAGGCCCAAGAAUGGCAAGAACUGGCAGCUCUGAAUCGAUCAAGGGAUCACUGAUCAAGUAAGAUCAAUAAGUGGAAAAAACUAAUAACUAGAGCACGGAGCAUGUGUGAAACUUUAAAAUGUCCGGCGUAGCUACCACAGUACUACUGUAUUCUGCAAAUAGACAAAUUACUUUUGUUUUCGUUGUAGCACUGUGCUAGAAUCACUUGUAAGACGACGAGGAUGAUGAUAUUGUUAUGUUAUAUAGAAAUGGUUCAGAAGGGAUUCUGAAAA